AUGUUCCAGCUGCCCAUCCUCAAUUUCAGCCCGCAGCAGGUGGCCGGGGUAUGCGAGACCCUGGAGGAAAGCGGGGACAUUGAGCGCCUGGGGCGCUUCCUCUGGUCCCUGCCCGUGGCCCCGGCGGCUUGCGAAGCGCUCAACAAGAACGAGUCGGUGCUGAGAGCCCGGGCCAUCGUGGCCUUCCACACGGGGAACUACAGAGAGCUCUACCAUAUCCUGGAGAACCACAAGUUCACCAAGGAGUCCCACGGCAAGCUGCAAGCCCUGUGGCUGGAAGCGCACUACCAGGAGGCGGAGAAGCUGCGGGGCCGACCCUUGGGGCCGGUGGACAAAUACCGGGUGAGGAAGAAGUUCCCUCUGCCGCGCACCAUCUGGGACGGCGAGCAGAAGACGCAUUGCUUCAAGGAGCGGACGAGGCAUUUGCUGAGGGAGUGGUACCUGCAGGACCCUUACCCCAACCCCAGCAAAAAGAGGGAACUGGCUCAGGCCACGGGACUUACCCCCACGCAGGUGGGCAACUGGUUCAAAAACCGCAGGCAAAGGGACAGGGCGGCGGCCGCCAAGAACAGGCUACAGCAGCAGGUCCUAGCGCAGGGCUCGGGGCGAUCGCUGCAAGCGGAGGAGGAGAGCGGUGGGGUGGGGGGGGGGGCGGCCUCCAGCCCAGCCGUCAGCCUCUCCAGCAAAGCGGCCACCUCCGCCAUCUCCAUCACAUCCAGCGACAGUGAAUGUGACAUCUGA